UCGGCGUCUCAUCAAUCGCCCGGAUUUACUGUGCGUCGCCGUACCCAGUCACCCACGUCUCAUCCGUCGUUCGUGUGUCUCUGCCGUGCGCACCACCAGGUCCGUUCUUGGCUAGUUACCACCAACCCAUGUCUGUCGUGGAUCUCCAUCCGUGUCAUGCUACCAUCAUUCAUGGGUGGAUCUCGUCUGUUGCAUAAAAAAAAAAAGAAAGAAAAACGGGUGCAAGCCGACGAUGAAGAUAUACAUUCAUCUUUUGGAUGCAUUGCUGAGUGAAAACAGUUUGCAGAUUUAUGCUACCAUUUGGAGUGGAUCCAUAGCCAUUGUUGCAUCAACAUUGGAUUCCUUACUUGAUCUCAUGGCUGGCAGAAUACUUUGGUUUACUCACUUGUAUAUGAAGCGAGGAAAUAUUUAUAAAUACCCGAUUGGAAAGCUGAGGGUACAACCAGUAGGCAUUAUUGUAUUUGCUGUUGUCAUGGCUACACUAGGCUUUCAGGCGCUGUGCAAGAAUGAUCGUGUUGAUGCUGCACACAAGCUGUUUGUCAAAAUGUCAAGUAAAGGUUGCCCACCUGACGUGGUUAGCUAUACGACUAUGGUGUCUUCACUGUGUAAAGUAGGAACUGAGUCCAUGAAUCUAGAGAUACCUUUGGAAGAGACAUGGAAGGCAUUGUCGUCGUUCGCAUGUCUCCGCCACACGCGCUGCCAGGUUCGUUCUACCCUAUACUUUUAAUGAUGUUGUUUGUGUAUUUUUUAGGUGUUUGGAAGGGGUGGGGAGGAGAUGGAUUUAUUGCAACAGCAAGGGAUUCACGUAAAAAUUAUUCCUGGUAAUUGCAUUUUUGAAUGCUUGCAGUUUUAAGAACAGUUAGUAAGUUUCUCCAAAUGACUUUAAUGAUAUGAAAAUUCAUGUUUGAGAAGUUAUAGUGUGUUUAUUUCUCUUUGGACCAUAUUGGAUUAGAAUGUAACACCCGUUUAUGACUCAUGGACGAGAAUUGAAACUUCUUACUAUAUUCCGCUAUUGCAAGAAUGUAUAGAUAGGAAUUUAGCUGCAGAAGCGGAAAUUAUCCAUGGACAUAUCAUAAAAACUGGGACUCAUGAAGACUUAUUUGUAAUGACUUUUCUUGUUAAUGUUUAUGCGAAAUGUGGAGUCAUGGAAAUUGCUUGCAAAGUGUUUGAUAAUUUACCUAGAAGAAAUGCCAUUGCAUGGACAACUCUAGUGACUGGUUAUGUUCAGAAUUCACAGCCUUUGGUUGCUUUCCGAGUGUUCAUAGAAAUGUUGGAAACUGAAGCUUAUCCUACAAACUAUACGCUCGGAAUCGUGUUGAAUGCUUGUUGUUCCUUGCAAUCUAUCGAAUUUAGGAAGCAGGUUCAUGCAUAUAUCAUCAAAUAUCAUAUAGAUUUCGACACUAGUAUUGGCAACUCUCUUCCGAACUUCUAUUCUAAGUCUGGGAGCUUGGAAUUUGCAAUAAGAGCCUUCUACUCUAAGUCUUUUUCCUUAUAUAUAUGUUUAAAAAUGUGUCUUUUCCGCAUGUGUCUUUUCCGCAUUUGUCUUAGAUCUUUAGAAGACGACGUGUCACUGUUGUUGUGUUGUAUCUAUGUUUCAUAUUUGUAUCCCUACUUCUUAGCUUAUGAAGGAUUAUGCAUGUUGGAGUGAGAAUGUUGUGGGGAUACCAGUUACAGUUAAGUUCUACGUUUUGCUAUAUAUCUAUUUUAAUAAUACUUCUUUGCCCAAUGUUAGCUUUCUUUUAGUUUUCAGGGAAAAAAAAAAAGAAUCUACGUUUUGCUAUAUAUCUAUUUUAAUAAUCUGCAUUUUGUUUCAUUUUGAACAUUGAAUUUUGUUUUAGAUGAUUAUGGCGCAUCUGAGAAUAUGCUGAGGCAAUUCGAUAUGAACCUAGCCUUGGAAUGAACAGAAUGGCUCGGUGGGAGAGUGCCUGUAAUCUUGGUCUGAACCCUCCAAAAGACAUUGAGAUACUCUUAAAGGCUGGAAAAGUGCAGUUGGAGUGCUUGUGGGAUUCUCGAGUUUAAACUACUCUGCUUGCUGUGUUAUUUUUGUUUAAUGUAUGAAGUGCAUGCUUGUACUUUUGGACAAAAUGUUUAGCCCCUGGCUGAAACGAUAAUCACUAUUCAUGUGAUGUGAAUGGGCUAGAAAUAGAAUGUUUGCUGAUGACAGCUUCCUUGGUUAUUUACUUCUCAGUUAUGUUCAAAACCUCUUAUGAGUAGUUGUAUAGUUAAAUUUGGCUGAUAUUUUCCUUUCC